AUGCAGCUGCAGUCAUUUCUCGCUAUCGGCCUGGUCGCCGUCACUGGUGUGAACUCCCUCAAAGUCGGCGUCAGAGACGCAGUCGUGGCAGGUUCUCCCGCUUCCCCCGAACCCCGGGCGGCGGUAGCCGACUUGCCCGACAUCAUCAUUAAGCGGGACGAGCUUUCAAACUCGGAACUCGUGGCGGCCGAUCUGGAAGAGGCCGGCGACCUCGAGAGGCGCACCUUGGCCGAGACCGACGAUGAUGUCAAAGAGGUCAAGGUGAAAAGAGGCGACCAGGCCGCGGAGGAGUUCUUCGCCGAGGACUUGCCAGGUUCGGAUGAGUAA